AUGGAUUCCAGUACGACUACAUCAAGUGACUACAGUUCGCAACAGAUAAUGUUUAAUUAUGCUAAUGAAUGUGAUCUUGAGAUUCAUUGUUCACCAUUUGGAUUAAGUGGAUUAUAUAUUAGAAUAAAUGGUACUAAUUUAAUGGGGAUUGGUUCAACUAUGGGAUUAAUUACGGGAUCAACAAAGGGUCUUAUUCAUUAUAAUGAUUCAAAUGAUUUCAUUGAUCAAAAGUAUAAAUUAUAUGUUAUUGUUGAUGAUGAAGGGAUGUUAAGAAUUGAUUUUACUAAGAUAUUCAAAUUGCAGAGGGAAGGUGGCUCAUCAAAUGCGAAUGCUAGUAAGACAAAGAAAAUAAAAGAUCAAAAGGAUGAAGAUACAAACGAGACUAGUAAGAAAAUUGACGAAGAUAGUAAUGCUGCUAGUCUGCUGGAAAAGGGUGAUAAUAGUGAUAGGGCGCAAGACGAUGAUGUUGAUCUUGAUAAAGGGGUAGAUGGUAAAGAGAGUGAUGAAGACAAGUAUGAAGAAGAAGAAGUACCCACCUUAAUUUUUAGAGGUAAAUGCCCUGAAGGUAGACCUGAUCAUAUUGAACCAUUUAUCGGUAUAUUUUCUUUUGAGAGGUAG